GUCCCGGUGUGUGAGGGGUGUGAAAGCGGUGCCGCCGCCGCCGCCUUCCCGUUACAGGUAGCCCCGGCCGCCGUCGCGCCUCCGGCAGCGCCAUGGAUAAGCGGUGCUAUGGGUGUGCAUCCAAGUUCUCCGUCUUCAAGAAGGAGUGUGGGUGCAAGAACUGCGGGCGCUCGUUCUGCUCAGGCUGCCUUAGCUUCAGCGCUGUGGUUCCCCGCUGUGGAAACACCCAGCAGAAGGUGUGCAAGCAGUGUCACGGGAAACUGACUGGAGAGGAAUCUCAACGCGAUUCAGCAAAAUGGUCACCACCAGAAAACUACAAAAAGCGUGUAGCAGCUUUUGAGGCUCAGCAAAAACAGCUGAAAGAACAAAAGAAGGCAGCUACAAAACCCCCGGGUCAAGCAGGCUCCAAAUACCAGGGACUCUCAAAAGAGGAUAGAGCUAUUGCAGAGAGACUGGAGAGGCUCAGGGAGGAAAGGAAACCAAAGUCCAUCCCUACUCAGGCUGAGAUCGAAGCUAGGCUGGCUGCCCUGAAGGACGACUGCCGGGGACCUGUUCCAUCCACGCAGGAGAUGGAGGACCGGUUGGCUGUCCUGCAGGGGAGAGAUCCUCCUUCCCAGGCUCCCAGACCUGUACACCAGCCUCCUGAUACCAGAAGCCUGGUCCAGCAGACAGAUGACCUUUUAACUCAACUGUCUGAGGAAGUUGCCAUUGAUGAGCAUUACAGACCAAAAGUCCAGCCUCAAGCUGUUGGCAGCCAAAGAUUGAAUGAUCUCAAUCGGGAAAGUGAAGACUGUGUUUGCCCUGCAAAUCUGGACCCAAAACAGCUAGAGGAAGAGAAGAAUAAACUUCUGGCAGAAGCUGCUGCUGAACUGCGGGAAGAGAACACGAGGCAGGAAAAGGUCCUACAAGUGGCCAAGAGACUGGCAGCACUCAGAGGCGAGGACCCUGAGAAAGUUACACUGGAAACCUAUAAACUUCCUGACAGCGAUGAGGAAGUUGCUGAGGAGGAAGCCAUUCGCAGAGUGCUACAACAGCUCACAGAGGAAGCAGCCCUGGAUGAAGCAAGUGGAUUCAACAUUCCUCCAGAUCAGACCACCCAACCAGGACCCUCGCAACAGAAGCUGCAUAAGAAAGCAAAGCAAAAGAGCCAGACUCCAACCAUCCCAGCUCUUGUCAGGGCAGAUGACAGUGAUGAGGAGGAGUUACCCUGGUGCUGUAUCUGCAACGAAGAUGCCACUUUGCGCUGCCACGGCUGCGACGGGGACCUCUACUGCCAGCGCUGUUUUCGGGAAGGCCAUGAUGAGUUUGACCUGCAGGACCACCACACCUCCCGCUAUCAUCUUCCUCGCAAGUAGAGUUGAUCGCUCUCUUCACGGGCAGAAAAGGAGACGGAGAACGGGAAAAGAGAAGAGUUGUCCAGAUGGGAAGAGUCCAAGUGGAUUUGCAGCGAAAACGGGUGAUGUUUUGGACAGUUAAAGAAUGUGCUGUAAUCUGAGAGAGUCUUGGAGGGUGUGUGACUUUGUCCUCAAAAAUACAAGCAGAGAAGUGCAGGGUUUGCUGUGCAUGCUUGGGGAUAAAUGAGGACUUCAUAUGAGGAGGUGGAUACAAGUCUAUAAAUACAGAUGGUAAGGCAAUGCGGGUAACAGUAAAGAUGUGUGUUUAAGGCACUACUGACUGGCUCAUAAGUAACUUCCUGCUUUUGCUAACAGCUUGCACACUGGCUCAACAGGCAGCAAAGCACUUUGCACUAAGAAAACUAUCUAUAUUGUGAUCACGUGUGUGAUGAGAACUUCCAAAGCAUAAUAAAAACCUAUUUACGGAGGCCUGUGGUUAAAAUCUCGCCUGGAAAUGCCUGACAGCCCUUUACAAAGUGUUGCCUUUUUGCAAUGGUAUCUUAGUCCUGGUGUCAAGUGGCUUAGGGUAAGAAAUGAAGGAUCAUGAAGGCAUCAAAAACGUUUCUAUGGUGUGGUUGGAAAAGGUGCAGGGGCUGCUCUGUCUUGAUGGGCAGUGUUGCUCAUGUACAUGAAAUAAAGGCUGUUUUGUAAAGGUAAUUUGCUACUGAUGCACAGCAUUGUGGUCUGCAGUGGCUGUGCCCAGGUUCCGUGUGGUCUGUAAGAGCAAUACUUUAAUCUGGAAGAGUUGUGUAUUGGUCUGAAAGUGGGUUUUGGCUCUGUUUAUUAUUAUUUGGUCCCCUGGUAGGAUAAAGAUGUUACCUGUGUGAUUCUCUUUAUCUGGCUACGAUUCUAAGUUUGGUUUAAUAUUCUCAUAACCCUCCCUGGAGUUAGUCCAGGUGCAAGUGGCACUUGCCAGUGAGCAAAGCACCCAGAAAUGAUUCAAAUACCCAACUAAACAUGCCCUAAAUUGGCUCUAAUGUCCCAUGAGGCUGAGCUCUACCCACGACUAUAAUGUGACUUCGAAGAUGGCUCUCUAAGUUUGAAAAAUUCCAAUGGCAAAAAAAAAAUCAAAGCUUUGUCUUUGACAGGGAGUUUCGAAUGAAUCUUGCCUGUCUGGUUUGAGACUGCCGCUCCCAGCUGUCUGCCCUGCCCCUGUCCUCAAGGUCACCUCCUCUGUAGUGGAUGGAAAGAAAGAAGUCUUGAUGAGCUCCUGAGAACUGUAUUCAACUCUCCUCAGCCAGCAUGGAAAUUCUUAGAAGAAACUAAAGGAAGGACAUGCUGAUCCCCAGGUUAACAUGCCCUUUAAGAA